CAAACUUCCUUAGUCCUAUCUCUUCCUCUCAAGCUCUAUAUAUUCCACUCUAGCUAGCCUCAUUUUACUACCCCACAAGCCAUAAAAAUUUCUCAUUUCUAGCUAUAUCAUAUCAAACACAUAUAGCACUAUUGCACUAUGGCUCUCAAAGGAGACAAUGUUGUGGUUUCUAAUAUGAAGCUUGAGAGGAUUUUUAGCAUGAAAGGAGGCAAAGGAGAGACCAGCUAUGCCAACAAUUCCCAAGCCCAGGCUAGACAUGCUAGAUCCAUGCUUCACCUUCUUGAAGAAACCCUAGAUGGGGUUCAACUAAACUCACCAGAAGUUCCCUUUGUGGUCGUGGACCUUGGAUGCUCAAGUGGCGAUAACACCAUCUACAUAGUUAAUGUGAUCAUCAAGCACAUGACCAAGCGCUAUGAGGCCUUGGGACAAGAACCACCAGAGUUCUCAGCUUUUUUCUCAGACCUCCCUAGCAAUGACUUCAACACCCUAUUUCAGCUCCUACCUCCUCUAGCCAAUUAUGGUGGUGGUAGCAUGGAGGAGUGCCUAGCUGCCGAUAAUCAUCGGUCUUACUUUGCGGCUGGGGUGCCUGGCUCUUUCUACCGGAGACUUUUUCCGGCUAAGUCCAUUGAUGUCUUUCACUCCGCAUUUUCUUUGCAUUGGCUAUCUCAGGUGCCUGAGAGUGUGCUAGACAAGAGAUCAACGGCGUAUAACAAAGGAAGGGUGUUCAUCCACGGUGCAAGUGAGAGCACAGCAAAUGCAUACAAGAAACAGUUCCAGACUGAUUUGGCAGUGUUCCUGAGAUCAAGAUCACAGGAGAUGAAGAGAGGUGGGUCCAUGUUUCUUGUUUGCUUAGGGAGAACUUCUGUGGACCCCACUGACCACGGUGGGGCCGGCCUCCUCUUUGGGACCCACUUUCAGGAUGCUUGGGAUGAUCUUGUCCAAGAGGGCCUUAUAAGUGCUGAGAAACGUGACAACUUCAACAUUCCUGUGUAUGCACCAAGCCUACAAGACUUCAAGGAGGUAGUUGAAGCUGAUGGUUCAUUUGCCAUUAACAAGCUUCAGGUUUUCAAAGGAGGAAGCCCCCUUGUGGUUAACCAGCCUGAUGACGCGGCAGAAGUCGGCCGAGCCUUAGCCAACAGCUGUAGGAGUGUGUCUGGGGUCCUAGUUGAUGCUCACAUUGGUGACAAACUUAGUGAGGAGUUGUUUUCAAGAGUAGAACGCCGAGGCACGAGUCAUGCUAAAGUGCUUCUAGAGCAAUUACAGUUCUUUCAUAUAGUGGCAUCCCUUUCUUUGGCUUAGAGCAAAGAAAAAAAAAUAGCUUUUUUUUUCUUUUUUAUUUAUUUAUUUAGGCGUGUCAUUCUAUUGAAGAAAAAGUCAAUCACACAAAAGAGAGAAGCAGGAAAGGCUUUAAUUUUGAUCUCCUAUUAUUUUUCUUUUCCCUCUCUCUUUUGUGUGUUUCUGUGUGUUAAUGUAGCUACUUGAUGGCUUUUGUGACUUUGUGUUCCCUUGAAUCCAAACUGAGUAAAAAAAGCUAGUAAUCCUAUUUCA